AUGACGGACAGUGAAAGUCCAAAGCCUACAGAACCUCGUCUUUCAGCAAGUCUGAUUCUAGUCAACAGUCACAACGAAGUACUCCUUGUUCAGCGCAACCCACAGGCUAGGUCAUUCGCUGGCCAAUACGUUUUUCCCGGGGGAAAUUUUGAUGCUGAGCAGGAUACGUUCAUAAAAUGGACUGCUAUCAGAGAAACCUUUGAAGAAGCUGGAUUGCUGCUGGCUUUGCCGGAUACUCCGAGCAGAUUACUCGAUAUCGACUUCACUCAGGCUAGAGAAGCUGUCCAUGGAGGACAAAUGACGUUCUCAACGUUUCUUACAAACAACAACCUAAGAGCCGAUGUAGGCGCUCUGCUGCCGUUCACUACAUGGGUGACACCACCGCGAUUCCGUACACACUUCUUUGUCGCGUUCCUUGGGGAUUCUACAUCGAAUGGGCUGUAUCCAGGUAGAGAAGAACACCUUCCGACUCCUGAUGGGGGACAAGAAAUCAUUCGAACGCGAUUUUUGCGUCCAGAAUCAGCCAUAGAGGAAUUCAGGACUGGGAAAAUCAGCUUUUUCCCACCCCAGUAUUACAUUCUAGAAACGCUUCGCCUCAUUCUUACUGGAUCGUCCUGUACCGAGAGCCAGAGAAACACAGUUCAGAUGUUGUCUAGAGCUACAUUCGGACGGAUGGUAAUCAAUCCAAAGUUGUUCCGUAUUAAUGACGGAGUCAAUGAAGCUUUCGUCUACGAGGGCGAUGAAUUGAGAGGUGGUCCAAAGGGUCGGUUACACCGCGUGGUAGUGGAGCGGAAUUCUGGCGUGCCGUUCUCUCAGAUGAACUUGCAGCGCAACUUCGACUUGUUCACUCAAUGCCCGGUCGAAGAAGAUAUACCCAAACUAUAA